AUGGAGGUUGACGUUCCUCCCAUACAAACGUCGCAACUGACGCCAGGGAAUUAUGACAUCCCAAAAAUUUCAGCCUUCUUGGAACUUCCUCAAGUGACCAUCGAAUCCCUCGCUGGAAUCAGUGAAUCGUUCGUCACGGCCAUUCUUGAGGCUGUUACAACGAAGGCUCGCUUUCACGAUGAGCUUAAGGCCGACAAACUGCGUUUGGAAGUGGAAUUGGAGCAGAACACCCGUACCUCGAAUGCCCGGGUUAAUAAUAUGAAGGCUAGAAUGGAAACCUCACAAACAGAAACUCAGGAUUUGCGAAAGCAGGUUGCUGAAUUUGAAACCAAGUGUCGUACCCUCGAAGCCGACCUAAGCCAUCUCCGAACCAGCACAUCCUCGUCUACCGAAGAAACCCGUACCCUCAAAGCCCGAAUCUCUACUUUGGAGUCUGAGAAACGAGAGACCUUGGAAGCCUACACUCGGAAACUCAAUGAGAUUGACGACGUUCAAGCUGAAUACAGCCGACAGCAGACAAAAAUCCUCGAGCUACGCCGCGAAAUCAGUACCGUUGAGUCCAGGGCCCAGCAAGCUGAGUCUGCCCAGACUUCAGCCAAAUUCCGUGAACAGACUAUCAGACAGGAACUCGAAAUUGUUAAAAAGAACAACGAAUGGCUUGAAAAUGAGUUGUCGAUCAAGCAGACCGAACAUUCCAAAUACCGAAAGGAGCGCUCGGCUCAAGUUAGUCAGCUCGAGAGAAACCUAGAGGAUGCUCAGUCAAAAUCCCACAUGGCCGAACAAAAAGCCAACUCCCUGACGAAGAGAUACGAGGAGGUCUGUCACAAGGUCGAGGAAUCUCAAUUGAAGAUCAAGGCUCUCACCGAAGACCUUGCAUCUCGUGAAGAUGACUUCAGAACAGAAAUAUCCAACGCCAAGCGGCUCGCCGACCUUUGGGAGAACAGCACCAAGUCUGCUAGAGACCGCAUCAAACAACUUGAAGACUUGAGAGAGCAGCAACAGUCCCAAACAGCCGAGGAGGUUGGAAGGGUUCAGGCUCUCAACGAAGCCCUCAAGGAAGAACAAGGUGUACUCCACAAAAAGAUUCAGGAACUAGAAGUCCAAAUUGAGCGCCUUGAGACCGACCUUGGUUUGUACGCCUCUGGGGCGAUCCAACCUAUCGCCCAGUCGCCCGCUGCAAGCAGACGAGGAAGAAACGCUAUGACGCCUGUAAGAGGUACAGGUACACCCGAACGCCACCUUGUGUCGCCCGCUGCGCAUGCUAUCGUCAUGUCCCAGAAAUCCGGCAUGUCACUUACAGAGGUUUAUACGGAUUAUGCUGCUGUUAAGCGUGAACUUGAGGCCGCCAAUAAUCGUAACCAGCGACUCCAGGAAAGUUUCGACGAGCUUAUCCACGAGUUGGAGGACAAAGGACCCGAAUUCGAAAACCAGAAAGCGGAACUCGACAGGGCCGCAGAAGAGAUCGUAAUAUUGAGUGAGCUGUUACAAGAAGCCAAUAACAAUAAUGAACGCGGCACGAAGGAGCUCAAGUCUUUGAAAAAACAACUGAAAGAAGAUACUAAACAGAUCGAAUCUCUGAAACAGCAAAUCAGGGAUUCUGGAUCUCAGAUUCAGUUCUUACUUGCAGAAGUUCAGCACCUCAGUCAAGGCAUGGGCCCGAUGUCCGCUGCAGACCAGGCUAGAUUCAGAAAGAUGGCUAUACAAGGAAUUAGUAUGGGCCUGCCUCAAACUGACACUGAUCGACUUAUCAGUGAGCGUCUUGUCGUGUUUGCGAAUAUCAAAGAGCUUCAAGAGCAGAAUUCGGAACUCCUACGUGCCGCCCGUGCUGUCGGCAAGCAGCUGGAAGACCACGAGGUGCAGAUGCGCAUGGAGGCCGAAGGUGCAAAGACCCGUGAGCUCCAGGAAAUGCAGCAAACUCUGGACGGAAUGCGCGACGAAAUCCGAAGUCUUGAGAAGAGAGCCGAAACAUUCGUUCGAGAGCGUGAUAUGUUUAGAAGAAUGCUGCAACACCGCAAUCAACUUCCUGCCGAGAUGCAAGCCGACAAUGAAACCAACGCCCUACGACAAUCAACCAGGACCGAGCCUGAAACAACAGACAAGACAGACUAUGGUCAACUCCUCCGCGAACUUCAACAAUCUUUCGACCAAUACAAAAUGGAGGCCUCCACCGACCAGAAGACUCUACGUGAACAGGCGAAUGUUGUCCAGAAUGAGAAGAACGAAUUGCAGAUCCAACUCACUAGGAUCAACGGACAGCUUGAAUUGGCUGCUUCUCGAUACGAAAUGUUGGGUGGCAAUCUUGAAAUGAUGAACAGCGAAAACCGUGAAUUGCGGAAGCGCAACCAAGAGCUGUCGGACCUUCAUGCCAAAUUGGACCUUCGCAGCCAACAGAUUGAGCAAGAGCUUGUGGAGAAUCGCUCAAUUCUCGAUAGUGUGAGAAAUGACAAUGUCAAGCUUAAGGCAGAGAAGGACCUUUGGAAAAAUAUCGAAGAGCGCUUGGCCAAAGAUAACGAUACUCUUCUCUCUGAACGCGCCCAGCUAAAGAGUACGAUCAACAGCUUGCAAGCAAUGCAGACUGAGAAGGAACAGCUAGAGAUAGAAUCGAAGAGACGACUCACUAGUCAACUUGGAAGGCUCGAGGGUGAGCUUGAAUCUACGAAGAAGCGACUGACUGACGAAGUUGAAGAAACCCGGAAGCUCCAGUUACGUCGGGAUACCGAAGCCACCGCAGCCCAAAAGAAGAUCGACGAAGUCAACGCUGCCCUUGCUUCUGCCCGCGAGGGCAUGGUUGCCGCAAAGACGACCCAAGACCAUCUUCAGUCCAGGGUCGAUGAGUUACAGAUCUCCCUCAAAGCCGCCGAAGAGAAGAUUAGCGUCUUGCAACCCCAGAAUAAUCACAAUGUCGAGGAGGAGGCUCUCAGUCGGGAACAAGAUCUCCAGAUUGAAAUGAGUGAGCUUACGCGUAACCUCGAGUUAGCCAGGGCUGACCUGGAAUCCGCUCGAGCCGAUGUUGAAAAAUAUAAGGAGAUCAGCCAGAGUAGUGAAGAUGCCCUUGAAAGUAUCAACGCAUCUCAUGAGACAUAUGUUCAGGACACCGAACAGCAGCUCGAGGAAAAGAGUGCUAAAAUUCAAGACCUUGAAAAGCGCGUGCAAGAAAUCACUGCCGAACUACAGACAUCCAACGAAGAGCUUACUAACCUCCGUCAAGAACAAGCUGAGAAUGUUCGGAUCAAGGAUGACCAGCUCAAACUACUGGAGAGCGAAAUAGCCAGUCUCAAAGAAGAGGUUCAGAGCCAGAUAGUUACAAGCAAGAGGCAUCAAGACGAUCUCAAGCGACAAGCCCAAAUCGCCCAAGAAGCCCAGCAAUCAUACGAACAAGAACUUAUGAAACACGCCCAGGCAGCCGAUGCUCUCCAGAAGAUUCGCGCGGAGUACACGAACUUGAAGAUGCAGGUUCAUGGCUUCAAAACGGAAGCAGAAACUGCAAGAUCCAUGCUUGAAUCAUCAGCUACCAGCUGGGAGACGCAAAAGGAAACAUACGAGAAGGAGCUCAAAGACGUCCGGGCACGCUGCGAUGAUCUCGUCAAACAGAAUAAGCUUGUUCACGACCAGUUCGAGGUUGUCAGCCAACAGAUUGCAGACCUCCAAAAGGACCGCGAACGUGCAAUUGGCGAACUCGCAGUUGCUACCUCCGAUCAGUCUUUGGAGGAACUCAGAGCAGUCAUUACCUACUUGCGCCGUGAGAAAGAAAUCGUCGAUGUACAACUCGAGCUCCAAACCCAGGAAGCCAAGAGGAUUAAAGUCCAACUCGAUCAUACCCGAAAGCAACUUGAUGAAGUCCGUGUUACUUUGUCCGAGGAGCGGGCAAGGGAGACAGAAGCAAUGCGCCUUGCUGCUCAGAAUGAGGAAAUCAAGCAAAAAAUGGGAGAGCUGACUGUUAUUCGUGAAAGCAAUGUUACUCUCCGCGCCGAGCGUGACAAAUUUGCGGGUAUGGUUGAGCAACUAAGGAAGGAGGCUGCAGACCUCAAGGCGAAGAUGGAGCCAUUAGAAGAGAAGAUUGCCAUGUUGGAAGGAGAUGUCGAAGUUAAAGAUGGACAAAUGAAGUUACUGCAAGAAGACAACGAAAGGUGGAAGGCACGGACAAACCAAAUUUUACAGAAAUAUGACAGAAUUGACCCUGCCGAGCUUGAAGGUCUAAAGGACCAGCUUAAGUCCGUCCAGGAAGAACUGCAAGAGACACAAGCCAAAUUGGCUGCUUCUGAGGCCCGACUCCAGGCUAGUGGCACGGAGAUCCAGACAAAGAGUGCAGAGGCAGCUGAUCUUCUUGCCAAAGAAGGGGUGAAGUGGAAGGCAAGACUCGAUAAGCUCGUGGCUGAGACGAAGGAGAAGCUGGCUGCCAGGAGACAGCUGAUUGAGGAGCAGAAGCGAGAGAUCACAGAUCUCAAGCAAACCCUUGAACAGACGCAGGCUGCUGCGACAUCUUCAUCCGCAAACUCCGAAGAGGCACUCAAUCAAGCCCGUGCCGCCCUAGAAACAGAAAUGAACAACCUACAGCAGCAAUUCCAAGCACAUCAAACACAGCAGGCAGCGGAAAUCCAACGGCUAACACAGGAAUUGGCCGAUUGCAAUGUGAGAUUAGAGGAGGCCCGUAGCCAAGCUUCGUCCCUAGAGGCACAACUAUCAGCCGCUCGUGCAGCCCAGCCACCUUCCACAGAUGCACCAGCUGUUUCUACAGAGCAAAUCGAGGCUGAGGUUGAGCGCCGAAUCUCUGAAAAACUGCCGGAGAUCGAGGCUAAGGCUGCCGCGGCUGCCGCCGCCGCCGCCGCUGCUACCAGUGUUAGUCAACCGGCUAGCGAAGAGGUCAACACUGAGGCCAUUGUUGAGCAGCGCCUCUCUGAAGAGAAACAGAGGUUUGAGGAGGAGAAGAGGCGAUUACGUGAAAGCUAUACCGCAAGUGCCCGCAACCACGUGUCCAAGAUGACUGCCGCUAAGGAUAAGGAACUUGCGGAUGUGGCAACGGUUAAGGACAAGGAAAUCGCGGAUUUGAAGGCGGCUAACGAGCAGCUUGGAACCCAGGUUGCUGAACUACAGGCUAGUGUUGAGGCCGCGAAGACUGCAGUACCGGCUGCAGAAGGCGCAGAAGCACCACCACCACUACCAGCGGCGCCAUCCAGCGACCUAUCAGAAAUCGAGGCUCAAUUGCGUACCGAACUUCAGACCGCCCAAGAAAAGAUUGAGACCAUCGAGAAGGAGCGCGCCGAGGUUGAAAGAAAGCUCGAGACCACGAGUGCUGCCCAGAAGCGUCAUGAAGAGAAUAUGAAAGCCAUCAUCAAGAAGAAUGUCGAGGCUCGCGUUUCCCAGCAAAGGGAAAAGCUAGACAAGGAAUUUGCAGAGAAGCUUGAGGCUGCGAAGAAAGAGCUACCUGCUUCCGAUCCAUCCCAGGCUCCACCUCCUGCCGCACCCGCUACAGGUGGUGAAUCCAAUGAAGCCGAACUCAACGCCCUCAAGGAGAAACAUGCUGCGGAGCUUCUUACCCGGGAUCAAGAGAUUACGAAGAAACUUGAAGACGCCCGUGAGUCAGGUCGCAAAGAGAUGCAAAUGAGGACCCGUGUUCAGGUAUCAAUGCUAGAAAAGAAGAAUAAGGACUUGACUGAGAAGGUCAAGUCACUCGAAGGCGCUCCCGGCGCUCAGCUUACUUUGCAAUCGCCCGGACACCCGCCUCCAAGUCAGCUACCUCAGCCCGGUGCUCCCAUCGCUCCUGCCUUCGGUGUCAUGCAGCGGGCUAGUACCCCUAAUCAACCACCUCCAGCAUUUGGGCAGCAAACCCCACAAGUUGCGCCUGCCUUCGGACAAUCACACACUCCACAGCAACACCAGCAACUCGCACAGCCUAGUGGUAUCCCUCAACCAGGCGGCAACCAAGGAACCGGUCCAAGUGCUAUUAAGAAUAUGCGCGGUGGCAUCCAAUCGGGCAUUCCAAGAGGCGGAGGAAAUAUCAGAGGAGCAUUCGGCGCUCCUCGCGGCGGCAUGCAGCCUGGCAUCCCACAACCGCAAAGCAUUCAAGCUGUAUUCGGAGCCGGUCCUGCAGGUCAACCACAAUCGCAAUUGCCACGGGGCGGAGCAGCGGGACGCGGCGCUUUCGGCCAUAGACUGAGCCGAGGCGGGCCAGCUGGUAUCGCCGUUCAACCACAAUCACACCCAACCCCUGCCCCAUCUGGAAUCCCUGUUCCGGGGCAAAACGCUCCGAAUCCGUUGAUGAACGCUCAGGCUCGAGCCUUCACUCCGACCACUGGCAAGAGAACGAGAGAGGAUGGAGAAAUCGUGGAUGAUGACCCGUUGAAGAGACAGAAGAGCGAGGAAUAG